AUGGCGGCUAUCAUGACAUUGUGGAACCAGCCCUAUGUAAAUAGCCGGGGUUGCGAGGCAGCUCCUCUAUACGUCCGGUAUACCCCGUCUUGCACGCCUGCUCCAGCAGACCGUAUGCCGUUGCGUCUGAGUGCCGUCAAAGAUAGCAACUGUCGUUUCACUACCACACCGCUGUUACCAUGCGACAGACUCGAAGGAUUGGGUACUCCAGUAAAGCUGUUUUUAUUUAACAAAAAUGUUGUAGAUGUAGAAGACUAUGUAUAUUACAAACUCAAUAUAUUCUUGGAUCAAAUGAAAAAAGGUGGACUGAUGCUCGCUCGAUUUCGGAAGAUGUCAGAAAAUCUGAAUUCGCCGACGAUUCUCACUCAGUCUUCGGGAAGUAUCUCUUUUGGAUCCAAAAUAUCGCUUUAUGCUCCACACGUGCCAUGUUUUUGUGAAAGGUGCGUUGUGUUUCAGCCGUUAUACGUAAGGUAUGAUCCGGAUCCAGUGCCGGGCCUCUGCGGCUUGUUCCCACUCUACCUCAGCAAGUACAACGUCGCUAAUACCCGGUGGAGGGUGUUGCCGGUACAGCGGCCCGACAUCACGCGCUUCGAGCAGGAAGGGACACCUGUGCUUGUCAAUCAAGAUGUUGUGAUAAAUCAUUGUUCUACGAAUCGUAAUUUAGGAAUAAAUCUGGGCCAUUGGGCUUUGGGAUUCUUUGGAAAAGUUUGCGCCCCCAUGUUGAAAACAUGCCUCGAUGUUUAUGGACGAGAGUUACCCAAUAAUGUGUGGCAGAUUCACACACCAAUAGCCACAUCAACCAAUGAGACUAGUACUUAA